GCCCUUCUUAUAAGAAGGCAGUCUCUGAAGGUGACAGCCAUCUCCAGCCACCUUGUAUAGCAGGUAGAGGUCCUAGUGAGCCACAAGGUCUGGGAGAGCUCAAAGUACUCGAUUGUGCAGGACUAUCUGGAGAAAGUAGCCAUCAGAAUGAAUCUCCAACUAUUCACCGGCCUCCUCGUGGCUCUGAUCCAUGUUGUCUACAGUCAAGGUAUCUAUGAAGAUUGCUGUUUGAAAUAUAGUAAACCCAGGAAACCAGCCUUUUUACGGAAUAUCAGGAGAUUCAAAAUUCAAGAAGUGAAUGGGAGCUGCAAUAUUCGAGCUGUCAUUUUUGAACUUAGGAGAAAGAACAUCAUCUGUGGCAACCCUGAGGAGAAAUGGGUCAAGGAUAAGAUUAGGCAGCUGGAAAGGAAAAUCUUCCAGGGCUCCAAGAAGGUCCAUGGAGGAAACAUCGUUAACGCAGCCAAGCUCUUGACCCAGGGUAUUCAGUCCCAUCAAGUACACGGCGUUAGGAGGAACCACACGAAGCUGGAACACAUCUCAGGAUCCAUGAAGUUCACCCCCACUCAGAAACCUUCCUUAAGGCUUCAGGGAUAAGUGUGACAUUUAAAGACGUCCCUCUAUAAUUUUGCUCCUAUUUGCCUUUCUUGACAUUUUAUACCACUCCACUUCGUAGUUUGUUUGUUUUUUUUACAGUGAAACUAUCCCACUUACUGCUUCCAGAAUAUUGCACUUGAAAUAGGAAGACUUGGAUUUGAGUUCUAACUUAGCUAUUUUCUAGUUGUGAGGUAAACAUGUUGGCUGAAAAAUUGAUUUCACACAAGGUUAUGCAAGCAUCAAUGUUGAAAAAUUAUCUGUGCGUAUGUUUUGAAAAUAAAAAGCUUUAAGAAAAAAGAAAAA